ACCAUAGCGUCAUCAUUCAUGUUAAUUUUAUGGAGCUUAAUCAAAAGACACCAAAACGGGGCAGAGCUUCAACCUGGUCCCCGGAGGAUCUUCAGAAAGCCUUAGAGGCAUUGAGGAAUAAAUAUGGUCUCAAUGAAGUGUCUAGACUUUACGGUAUACCUAAACCAACUCUAAAAAGACACUUAGAUGGAAAAAACAAGUUUGCGAAUGGGAAUGUAGUACAAAGAGGUAGAAUGACAGUUCUCCCAGCAGAGCUUGAGAAUGAACUUGUCAGUCACAUCAAUCAACUGGAAGGAAUGCUGUUCGGCCUGACCAGAAACGAUAUGUCUUGCAUACCAAAUAGCAGAAAAAAAUGGCUUGUCUCACAGAUUUAAUAAAACAGAAGGAAUGGCAGGAAAAGACUGGUUUAGAGAUUUUAAGAAACGUCACAAUCUGAGCUUGCGACAACCUGAAGCAACAUCUCUUGCGCGUAGUACCGGUUUUAACAAGAUAGCAGUUAACAGAUUUUUUGACAAACUUGAAAGCAUCAUUACAGAAAAUAAAUUAGAUGCUCUUAGGAUCUUCAAUACUGAUGAAACAGCGCUCUCAACUGUCCAGAAAAACCAGCAAAAAGUGGUGAGCUUGACAGGAAGGCAUCAGGUGGGGAAGUUGACCAGUGCAGAAAGAGGUCUUACCACCACAGCAAUAUUUUGCGCUAAUGCAGCAGGAAAUGCUAUUCCACCUAUGCUUGUCUACAAGCGAAAACGGAUGAAGGUCGAACUUUUAGAUGGUGCUCCUCCAGGAACAAUCGCUGUAUGCAAUGAAAGUGGCUGGAUGACUGCAGAUAGCUUUUCAGAAUGGAUGGAUCAUUUUAUAAACAGUGUAGAACCAUCAAAAGAAAAGCCUGUUCUUCUUAUCUUGGAUGGACAUACCUCUCACAGCAAAAAUUUGCAAGCCAUCACUGCUGCAAGUAACUCUUGUGUUAUUAUGCUCAGCUUGCCCCCUCAUACUACACAUAAGCUUCAACCUUUGGAUGUCUCGUUUUUUAAGCCCCUGCAAAGCUGUUAUGUACAAGAGUCAGAUAAGUGGCUUUUUAAUCAUCCAGGUAGAGGAAUUACUGUAUUUCAGGUGGCUACCAUCUUAGGUAGAGCAUACCCAAGAGCAGCUUCGGUCGCAAAUUUUGCUAAUGGUUUUUUGAAAUGUGGCAUAUGGCCUUGCAAUCGACAUAUAUUCACUGAAAGUGAUUUUGAAACCUCCAUUUGCUCAGUUAUAAAUAUUCCUGUAGAACCCAUCCCUUCAACCUCAAAUUCCCAACAUGAUCAGUUGUUAGUGCAGUCAUAAUCAGACUCCUCAACAAUAGUUGCAACAUCCCCACUCACUUCAUCAAAUGAACCACGAUUUGGUGCAACUGCUCAAAGCUCCAUAAAUUCAAAUUAUUCUCACCUAGAACUUUCUAUAUCUGCGUACAAUGCAAUUCCAAUUGCAAUGCAAUUUUUUAGAAGCAUUUGCAUUUCAUUACAUGAACAUCUCCAGCUAACUGACAGAGAUUCAAGUGGAGUUGUAUGUAGCCUGCAAGUUAAAAUACAAGAAAAGGCAUUGGCAGACUCUCUUAGAGCACAAGUUGUUGACUAUAUUUGUAAAAACAUUGAGCAUUAUACUGACCUUGAUGCAGCAACAUUGUGUGUUGACAUGCCACAUGCAAAAUUUGACAAUAUUUUUGAAAGGCUAGAUAGUAUUUCUAGACCAAAUACUAUGGUUGGCGAGCUAGAGAUAAUAGCAACUACGAAGCUGCUCAGAAAGCCAAUUGUCAUUAUGAAUGCAACUAGUAAUGUUGUUUUAAAAUAUGGCAUGAAUGAUUUUCCUUCCUCCCCUGCAGUAGUUAUUCGAUUUACAAAUAUUGGAGAUGAUGUAGGCCAUUAUGAUUGCUUAAGUCCUUCUCGGCAAUCAAAGUCUAAAUACAUCCCUGUAACUGCAAUCUCUCCUAUCCCAGUAAAAGAAAAACCCCAUGUUAAACAGAAGAAAAAAAAUCUUUUCAAUCUGAAAUUUUAACUUCCAGUCCCUAUAAAAAAAUUCUUGUGGAUGCUGCAAUUGCAAAAUAAAGUAAAAAACAACAAACUCAAAUUAUUCCUGCAACACAAAAGAAAAAAAAAAGUAAAAUUUCUAUUGAGUUUGGUCAGAAUGAGAGUGAGAAAAGUCAAAAUUGGUAUUGUUUUAUAUGCGAAGAAAACCUUAAAGAAGAUAUGAUACAAUGUUUAAUAUGUGCUUCUUGGGUGCAUAUUGCAUGUGCAGGUUGUGAAAAUGCUGAUACUUAUACUUGUGAGUUAUGUUUGUGAAUCUUUCUGCAUUGUUAUGUAUAUAUAUAGUUGGUACUUAUUACCCUCCAUGCUGGUACUAUUUAGACUCUUGGGAGGGUAAAUUUAGUACUCUUUUUUUUUUUGUUUUGUAUUUUUCUAUUUUAAUAUAAAUAACUCAGUCUUUAAACCUUGUACAUUUGUAGUAUGUGUUGUUGUAAAGCUAUGACAUAAAAAAUAAACAUUCUUUUUGCCAAACUUUUUUUUAAUGAAUUUUCUCCCUUAGGGGGUACGUUUUACCCCCCUUUCCCCCUAUUACUUGAAUCUCUAAACACAGUGGAAAUGUGUAAGGUUGUUUUGCAGGUUCAUCAUUCGUUGCUAAGGAUAUUAUGUUUCACAUAGGAAUGUGUUGUUCUAUGAAGUAGUCCUUCAGACAUUAAAUAUUAAUUAAUUUAUAAAUUUGCAUUAAGUAUCAUUGUAAAAGUUUUCGCAAAGAGCAGUUUCUCGUGUAGGCCCCUAUUUAUUUUUUCACGUCUGGAUCAAAUAUUGGGUCCUCUGUACUGUUUUAAUUAACAGUACAGAGGACGAAGGCGAGUAAUUGGCGCCUAUAAACCAGUAAGCUUCAAGCGGGAGGGACUCAUUAGCCCUGGCUUGCAACCUACCUAGCAGAAGGAAAACUAAAUUCAAACCUCUGCUGCCUUGCUGUCAGAACCUGCGACCCCGCUGAUCCCAAACCUCUGCUGCCUUGCAGCUAUACCCAAAUACGGCGACCCUUAGGCAGUUUGCAGCACACAGCGCUACACUCUGUCAGAACCUUCGACCCCGCUGAUUCCAAACUGUUUAUGUCGUUUGCAAAGAAUUACAUAAGCAUAAGAAGCUUUUAAUGUUAUAAUUCACACCACAGAUGUAUCCUUGAACUGUAUUGUUGCUUAAAGAAAUUCGUUUAAUAAUAUCAGAUGUAGGUUUGUGUAAAAUAACUAGUUUUUAAAACUACUUCAACGGCUGGUAAAAAUCAAUAUUUUAUCUAUAGUGUUAUCCAUAUUUGGC